GAGCCCUGGAAGUCUCUUAGAAUUACAUCAUCUGUAAUCUACCAAGGAUUACUCGAGACUUCUGUUGUGAGAUUAGCUGUUACAGACGGAAUGAGGAUGUGCUUCUCACACCAGCACUGAUCUGGGAUCAGAUGUGUCGAUAUGCAUUGCAUUUGGUGACAGAUCAGCCAGUAAAAGCAUAUUUGAUCCACAACUGUUUUAAUGGCUGCACAAUGAAGGCCCAACUUCAGAUAACAGUUCUGUCCGCUAAGCUGCGGGACAAUAAGAAGAAUUGGUUUGGGCCCAGUCCUUAUGUUGAGGUGUGUGUGGACGGCCAGUCGAAGAAGACGGAGAAAUGCACCAACACUCACAGUCCCAAAUGGAAACAGUCUCUCACUGUGAUCGUCACCCCUUUCAGCAAGUUAAUUUUCCGGGUUUGGAGUCAUCAGACACUUAAAUCGGACAUUUUGCUGGGCAUGGCCGCUCUGGAGGUCAGCGAGACCUUAAAAGCCAACAAUAUGAAGAUCAGUGAGGUGGUGCAGACGCUGCAGUUGAGUUCAGACCGAGAGCGUGCGGAGAUGGUUGGAGAUCUCUCCGUGUGUCUCGAUGGACUGCAGGUGGAUCCCGAGACAUUUGCUUCUGAGGAACAAAAGCACAUCACAGAUGCUGUUGUAAAUGGAGAAUCCAAACUGAACGGGGAUGUAGCAGGAAGUCGAGAUUCUUCCCCAUCCAGUGACAUCGCUGAUGAAGCGCCGCUGCCCAACGCUCAUGCAGUGGAAAAUACGGGGUCUGUCUCUCCAUCCGCAGGGGCUCUGAGGCCACCUCGACCCCAGCGGCCGCCACCCGCCUCACCGCAUAAACCUAUGUCCUCCACAGCGUCCUCUGCUGGCUCGACUCCCACUCACGGCAGCAGCGCAGAAACAUCUCCACGGGUGUGUGUGAACGGAGAAACAGAGAGUCAGGGGCCAGGUUCAGGGUCAAACCAGGCCCCGAGGGCCAGUCCAACGCCACCCAGAGCUUCACUGAUCAGUAACGGCCCUCUUCCUCCUGGCUGGGAGCAGAGAGUGGAUCAGAACGGCCACGUUUACUACGUGGAUCACAUUGAGAAAAGAACCACAUGGGAAAGACCAGAACCACUACCAGCAGGCUGGGAGCGUCGCUUGGACCCGAUGGGCCGUGUGUACUACGUGGAUCAUAUAAACAGAACCACCACAUGGCAGAGACCCACAGUCGAGUCGGUCCGGAACUACGAGGAGUGGCAGAACCAGCGCAGUCAGCUGCAGGGAGCCAUGCAGCGCUUCAACCAGAGAUUCAUCUACGGACUGCAGGAACAGCUCGCGGCCACAGCUAAUAAAGAGUUUGACCCUCUGGGUCCUCUGCCGCCGGGAUGGGAGAAACGGACAGACAGUAAUAGGAGGAUGUAUUUUGUUCACCAUCCUACGAGAUCCACACAAUGGGAAGACCCUCGAACACAAGGGCUGUUGAAUGAGAAGCCUUUGCCGGAGGGUUGGGAGAUGAGGUUCACAGUGGACGGGAUUCCCUAUUUUGUCGAUCACAACAGGCGAACAACGACAUACAUCGAUCCUCGUACAGGAAAAUCCUCCCUUGAGAACGGCCCUCAGAUCACAUACGUACGAGACUUUAAAGCCAAAGUGCACUAUUUCCGCUUCUGGUGUCAGCAACUAGCAAUGCCUCAGCACAUUAAGAUCCACGUCAGCCGCAAAACACUGUUCGAGGACUCGUUUCAGCAGAUUAUGAGUUGCCAUCCGCAAGAUCUGAGACGGAGACUGUGGGUUAUUUUCCCAGGGGAGGAGGGACUUGACUAUGGAGGCGUGGCCAGGGAAUGGUUCUUCCUGCUGUCUCACGAGGUCUUGAACCCCAUGUACUGUCUGUUCGAGUACGCCGGCAAAGACAACUACUGCCUGCAGAUUAACCCCGCCUCCUUCAUCAACCCUGACCACCUCAAAUACUUCAAGUUCAUUGGCCGGUUCAUCGCUAUGGCUCUGUUUCAUGGGAAGUUCAUAGACACGGGCUUCUCUUUGCCUUUUUAUAAGCGCAUCCUGAACAAACCUCUGGCUCUGAAAGACCUGGAGUCCAUCGACCCGGAGUUUUACAACUCGCUCAUCUGGAUCAAGGAUAAUAAUAUAGAGGAAUGUGGCUUGGAGAUGUAUUUCUCGGUGGACAAGGAGAUUUUGGGAGAAGUCACCACACAUGAACUCAAACCUGAUGGAGGAAACAUUCAGGUGACAGAGGACAAUAAAGAGGAGUAUAUCAGGUUGGUUGCUGAGUGGAGGCUGUCCAGAGGGGUCGAGGAACAGACUCAGGCGUUUCUCGAGGGCUUUAAUGAGGUCUUGCCGCAGCAGUACCUGCAAUACUUUGAUGCCAAAGAGCUGGAGGUGUAA